GUCUCGCCGUUAAUCCAAACGUCCCAACCAACCAGCUUCCCAUUCUCUCUCUAAAAAGUUCCGGUACACUUGGCCAUCGCCAUAGCAUUUCGAUCCACAACUGCGCCAACUCGCUCACUCGCUCCGGUCUUUGAAAGCCUAAGAUCGGAGAUUGAACUAGUACCGCAAUGGAGGUCGCCGAUGUUCCCCUUGAUGAUAAGGCCAAGAGAAUGAGGGAUCUGCUUUCCAGCUUUUACGCCCCAGAUCCUUCACUCUCGUCGUCUCCAUCCAAACAAGCCUCUCUCGACGCCAUUAACUCCACUUCCUUCGAUCCCGAUCAGUACAUGAAUCUCCUGGUACAAAAAUCGAAUUUGGAAGGCCUUCUUCAAAGGCAUGUUGAAAUGGCAGCUGAGAUAAAGAAUCUUGAUACUGACUUGCAAAUGCUAGUUUAUGAAAACUAUAACAAGUUUAUUAGUGCUACAGAUACAAUUAAAAGGAUGAAAAGUAACAUCGUGGGCAUGGAAGUAAAUAUGGAACAGCUCCUUGAUAAGAUAAUGUCGGUGCAAUCAAGAAGUGAUGGCGUUAACACUUCUCUGUUUGAAAAGAGAGAGCACAUAGAAAAACUUCAUCGAACCCGUAACCUUCUCCGUAAAGUCCAGUUUAUAUACGAUUUACCUGCUAGACUUGGAAAGUGUAUCAAAUCAGAGGCAUAUGCUGAUGCAGUCAGAUUCUAUACUGGAGCGAUGCCAAUUUUUAAGGUGUAUGGAGACUCAUCUUUCCAGGAUUGUAAGCGAGCUUCUGAAGAAGCAAUAGCUGUAAUUACAAAGAACCUGCAGGGGAAGCUAUUCUCAGAUUCUGAAUCCAUACAAGCAAGAGCUGAAGCUGCAGUGCUUCUUAAGCAGCUGGAUUUCCCGGUGGACAGCCUACAGGCAAAGCUACUUGAAAAGUUAGAACAAUCCCUUGAGGACCUAAAACUGAAUAUGGAAGACAUAUCUUGUGCUUCAGUGGAUUCCAGUGAUCCUUCUGAACAAAAAAAUGUGUCCACGACAGUUCCAAUUACCGCCCAUGAAGCUUCUGUUCGUGAGUUUGCGGAGGCUAUCCGUGCAUAUCGAGUUAUAUUUCCUGAUUCAGAUGACCAGCUUACUAAACUUGCAAAAGACUUGGUUACCAAGCAUCUUGAAACCACUGAGCAAUAUGUGAAGAAUCGGAUUGGCUCAGCAGAUCUGUUACGUGUUCUUCGAAUUAUAUGGACAGAUGUCCUUCUGAUGGAUGAUGUGAUUCAUGAGGCUGUUAUGGGGGAUUAUUGUCUGGAGACUGCUCGGAUGGUUGUUAAAGAGCACAUUGUAAACACAUUUUCUCAUCUUCUACAUGAUAUCACAGAUACCCUCACUAAAUCCCAUAUUGAACAAAAGGAUGGGUUAGAAAAGGAGUCAUUGCAAGUUUCUUUGGAGGCCGGCAAGAAAAAAGUGCUUCAAGGCAGUAUGGAUGUCUUACUGGACUUCCGCAAACUUCUAGAUGACGAGUUAGAGCUACUAGUUAAACUGAAGGACUGGAUCGUUGAUUGGGUACAGGAAGGAUUUCAAGAUUUCUUUAGGAAACUUGAUGAUCGCUUCCUCUUGCUUUCAGGGAGAAACAAUUCAUCUAAUCACGAUCAAGGCUUGGCUGGUCUUGUACUAGUGCUGGCUCAGCUUUCUCUUUUCAUUGAACAAACUGCCAUCCCAAGAAUCACGGAGGAGAUAGCUGCUUCCUUUUCUGGAGGUGGUAUCAGAGGCUCCGAAUAUGGACCUGCCUUUGUUCCAGGAGAAAUUUGCAGAAUGUUUCGUUCAGCUGGUGAAAAGUUUUUGCACCUUUAUAUAAAAAUGAGAACUCAAAGGGUAUCGGUACUCUUGAAGAAGAGAUUUACUACACCAAAUUGGGUCAAGCACAAGGAGCCCAGAGAAGUUCAUAUGUUUGUUGAUUUAUUUCUCCAUGAGUUGGAAGCUAUAAGAAAUGAAGUAAAGCAGAUUUUACCUGAAGGGCAUCGUAGGCAUCGCCGGACUGACAGCAAUGGAAGCACAAACUCAUCUCGGAGCAAUCCACUGCGAGAGGAAAAAUUAAACCGGUCAAAUACCCAAAGGGCUAGAAGUCAGCUUCUUGAGACACAUCUAGCAAAAUUAUUCAAGCAAAAAAUUGAAAUUUUCACGAAAGUUGAAUUUAAUCAGGAGUCAGUUGUAUCAAUGAUUGUAAAGCUGGGCCUCAAGAGUCUUCAAGAAUUUGUACGCCUGCAAACUUUCAAUCGAAGUGGAUUCCAGCAAAUUCAAUUGGAUAUUCAGUUCCUGAGGAAUCCUUCAAAGGAAAUCGUUGAAGAUGAAGCUGCCAUCGACUUUUUACUUGAUGAGGUAAUUGUGGCUGCAUCAGAACGUUGUCUUGACCCAAUACCCUUAGAGCCUCCCAUCUUGGACAAACUCAUACAAGCAAAGCUGGCAAAAAGUAGAGAGCAGCAUUCAACCUCUCAAUAACAUGUGAAGUUUUGAUGUCUGUUUGAAAAAAACCAUCAGUCCACUGUGGCAAUGAGAUAUUUUUAAUUGGAGUCUCCAGCUUUGGUACUCCCUCCGAUAAAUGAUUUGGGGCCGCAGCGCGAUCUCUCAGCUAGGAGUCUUUCAUCACUAGUCUGAUAACCAGAAUUUUGUGGAGUAUCAUAAUCCUGACAGAUUUUACUCUAUUUAGAGCUCCAUUGGUCGAAUGAUUUGUCGCAGUUAUAAGUGUCUGCUAUCUUUGUGGAUUCAUAGCUUGUAAAACAGUGUCCAAAAUUUGAGCUGAUUUAUGUGAAGAAGAUUUGAUUACAUUGAUCCGUUAAAUAAUCAGGCUGUAUGAAAGUGAUGAUGUCAGUGCUGUUUGUUGAA